GUGUGGAGGGAGGCACUUGAUUACAGCCUUAUUGUGUUGCCGGCCUAGUGUCCGCUCCUUCAUCCAGGACAUGGAUUUAUCUGUGUGUGCUUGUCCGACAUUGCAAUCGCAUAUGCAUCUAUGUCCGUCUGCUUCCAUAGCGAACUUCAAAGAACGAUUGUUUGAGUAGUUGGUGAAUGGCCCAACAACGUCGGGUAGAGAUUGAGCUCAGGUGUCUCCGAUAAUCUCACUUUGGGGAAUAUUGACCUGUGAACAAUGUUUGGUCAGAUCCAUUUCCAACCUUGCCUGACUUUAGGUUUUCUCAGCAGCAUGUUAGAACGUCCUGUUCUGCAUCUUCUCUUCAUCAGCGCAUGCAUGUUGGAACGUCAUGAAUUGCAGCUUGCAUUAGGAUGGGUUGAUGAUUUGCAGAUGAGUUGAUUGCAACCAGGUGAUAAUGGGGAGAGAGCAGGGAGGAGGGUGAUUGAGGGAGUCGCUGAUCACCGCCGCUGCACACGAUGCCACGCAUACUCUUCCUGCUAUUCAGCUUGUCGGUCAUGACCAUGAUGUUUGUAGCCAAGUUUGGUUUGGACAGCCACUUCCAGCAAGCCACCCAAGGCAUGCCCAACAUCCGGGACCACACCGCCGAGAGUCGCAUGGUGCGAGAUAUGCUGAAGGACAGAGAAGUCCGACACAAUCGAGAAGUAACCAUCCUCCGGGAUCGUAUCGGCAGCCUGGAGCAUGAACUGAAGUCAGCCAAGGAACGAGUCCAUAACCUGACGCAAGCAGCAGCAGCACGUCCAACUGUGGCCGAGUUGACAUCCAAGGAAAUCCUUGAAGGGAAGACCAUUGUGAUACAGAACAAGACCGAAGACUUCAUCAGGUACUUCCAGGAGAAGGUGAAAUCUGCGGAAAUUCAUCAAGGAGUUGCCUUGAAGACUGAGUACGAUAUUGUUGCAUUUGAUCGGUUUACUCUCAACAGGGUGUACAUGCAUGAACCUGGCUUGGGGAAACGGGUCAUAGAGAAGCCCAUUGGGUAUAAGAAGCGAGAUCUGUUUGAAAUGGUUGCAUUUGGAGUGGAUCAGCUGAAUGUGAAUAGAUCUGAAAAGGCCAAGCCGUAUACAUUUGAAGAUUUCUUGGAAGGUGUUUUCAGGACUGAGCCGACCUCGGGGUCGCACUUUGAGUUGUACUUCAGAAAUAAGGAUGCUAGCAGCCCCUACUCCUAUGUCAAGCUGGUGAUGAUGAGGCCGUUUGGGCCUCCGAUGCUGAUCAGGAACACCACUGUGUCCACCAGCCAGGAGUGGGUCAACCUCAUCCUGCCUCUCUCGGGCAGAGUGGAGACCUUCCGGCUGUUCAUGGACCGGUUCAUCACCACGUGUAUUAAGCAGGAUAAGAGGGUGUAUUUGACUGUGGUGUAUUUUGGGAAGGAGGGACUUGUGGAAGUGAAGAAUAUUAUGUCUCAAAUUGCUAAAGCUUACAAAUUCAAACAUUUGAAACUUGUAACAUUGAAUGAGAAGUUUGCGCGAGGCCGCGGCCUGCAGAUUGGUGCCUUGAACUGGAAGAGUGGAGAUGCCUUAUUAUUUCUUUGUGAUGUGGACAUUGUAUUUAAUAAUGAAUUUCUUGAGAGAUGCCGACUCAAUGCAGAGCGUGGAAAACGGGUAUAUUAUCCUAUAGUGUUUAGUCUAUAUAAUCCAAAUGUCGUCUAUGCACUACAAGACAUGCAGAUUCCAUCCCUGAAGGACCAACUCAUCAUAUCUAAAGACACAGGAUUCUGGCGUGAUUUUGGAUACGGAAUGACUUGCCAGUUCCGGUCAGACUUCUUGAAAAUCAAAGGUUUUGAUGAGCAAAUAACUGGUUGGGGCGGGGAGGAUGUGUUUCUCUAUCAGAAGUAUGUGAGGAGUGACUACAUGGUGAUCAGGGCGACCGACCCAGGCAUCUUCCACCUGUGGCACGAGAAAGUGUGUGAUCCCAACCUCAGCUCUGAACAGUACAAAAGUUGCAUACGUUCCAAGGCUUUAAAUGAAGCCUCUCACUCACAGUUAGGGCUCCUUGCUUUCAAGGACGAGAUGGAUAUUCAUAAAGGUUUUGAAAAUUCCAAAAAGAAACAAGUAUUAUAACCAUGGACAAGGUGUUUUGCUUCAGCUGGACAGAAUCUGUAUGACAAUGUACAUGUAUUGGGCAACUUCUAAUCCAAGACGACAUGUUCCAUUUAGUUCCACUCAGUAACCCUGGGAUGAAUGUAUUGAAAAUGACUGAUUGUUUAAUAUAGUAGGACAGGACUUCUAAAACAGGGUUCGCUUGCCAGGAUUUAUAUUUAUGAUUAUCUUUAUUGUGUAUCCCUUUCUUUCUGUUAUUGUUUAAAGCAAGACGAUGCUCUAUGGUCUGGUUGGGCAGUCGGGUAGCCAAGUGGCCAAAUGGUUAAAGUGUUCGCUUGUCACACCGAGGAGCCAGGUUCGAUUCCCGGGUGCAAUGUGUGAAGUCCAUUUUUGGUGUCCCCUGCCGUGAUAUUGCUGGAAUAGUGCUAAAAGCGGCGUGAAACCAAACUCACUCACUCAAGCACUCUGUGGUCUGGUGAUGUAAUAAGUACCUGUGUGAAACAGAAGCGUGCCUUUGAGUAAUUAGGGUCAUCUGCUGGAGAUUAUAUGGGUUGUUAAAUAGGAGUUAACAGGCAGAGCAUGAUGUGUUUGAGGAACUUGAAUCUAGCUAGGAUUGUCCUGAGUCUAUUCUCUUUGGGUGCAGUGGGGUAGCCUAUUGGUUAAAGGGUUCGUUCGUCCUGCAGAAUGGCUGGGUUCUAUUCCCAACAUGGGUACAAAGUAUGGUGCCCAUAGCUGGUGUCCCCUGUUGUGAUUCUCCUGGUACCCCCGGUAUGUUGCUACAAGCAGCGUUAAACCCAACUCACUCACUCACUCACUAUUCUCUUAGACUUACAUUAACUCUCUGAAAGAAAACUAUUGUAAGAUUAUUCUUUUUUAAAUUGUAUUUUAGUAUAUAAUGAGAAGGAGCCCAAAGGAUCUCUUCAAUUGCAGGAACUGAAGAAUUCUAGACUUGCCAAAGUAUCGAGACUUGCUUUAAAGUUUUAGGAUAGGCUUGUUUCAGGGUCUGUCUGUAUGAGGGACUAAAGGAGGUGAAUGUUCUGUACAAACAGGUUUUCUCUGCUCUUAUCCCAGGGGUGGAACUAUGUGGAAUAUACAGACCAGGCUCUCCUGGCUGAUUGGACACUGACUCUGUGUUUAAGGACUUACACACCAUACGGCCUGUUCAGUGCUGUGUUUAUAAACAGGUUAUUCACUUUGGUUAGGAACAAAGUUUAGCAGUAUUUGCAUUCCCCAGGACAGGUUAUAUAUAGUCUGUAAUCGUAUAUACAGACAACACAGACAUACUUUCAGCAAAUAAACCAUGUUGUCUAUUGACAGCUUCAUCUCAGAAGCAACUUCAAAGACAUUCAGAAAUCUAUAAAACAUGCUGCACACCAAUUUAUUUGAAUUUCUUCUUAAAAGGAGUCUUUAUUUAAACAAGUCAAGCAUGCUAUGGCUGGUCUCCAAGACAUCGUGUUUAUUUCUUUCCCCUUAAAGAGUUAUAUCAAAGGGAGACCAUGCUGCUAGGUAACAGGCAGACUGCUGGUUGCCAUGGAAACGUGACCAGUAAACACAAAAAAAUCUCAUGCACCUGUGUGCUCCAAGAGAUGUUUGGUUAAUCUACACACAGUCCCGUCCAAAGAGUGUAGUCCUGUUUGACAAGUAAGGUUGCGUGUAGUUGCCUUUUGUCAUGGCUAGACAAGAAAUGAAGUAUCUUCAUAAGUAUUUUCAUAAGUAUUUUCAUAAGUAUUUUCAAUUAAGUUGUUUUAUCUUUUUCAUUAUGUAUUAUUCAAAGUGCAAAGUUAAAUUUGAAGAAAAAUGACAAAAUCCAUUGUGACUAAAUUCAAGUCAGCAAGACUAGCAUACGAGGGACCAUAUCUGCUGAUGAUGGACUGAGAGGGGUUGCGAAUAGAUUGGUGGCUGGGCACAGAGUCUAAUUACUACCAUGUGAUCCUUCCCAAGUCAAACAUGACAGCAGGUUCUAAGCAUCUUGUCUUUCCGUCAAACAGCAUUUUGUUGUAUUCUUUUCAAACAUGGCACAUAAUGUAGAUUCCUUAAGUGUAUUGUUACUCUUAGGAAAUUGUCGAUCAUAGGUGUUAUGCAUUUGACUGUAUAAAUUAACUUGUCAGUAUGUGUACUAUUAACUAAUUGAUCAAGUAAUCCUGUUAAUUGAAACCACAUGUUCUAUUUGCUGCACAGAUGCAGAGAGCAUUCCGCCUCGUCUAUCAGGGACAUUCUUCUCAUCAUGCAGAUUCCUCCCAUAUCUGUUAAACUGAUCACGGAACUAUUGUGUUUUCUCAAAACUUUAUGAAUAUCCACAUAUCUGUUGAUUAUUUGUCAUAUUUAUCCUGUUCCCAUGGCAUGAUUGAUUUCAUGAAGACAGGAUUAUCAUUUAGGGAGGUUUCAUCGUCAAGGCUUCGUGCACAGGGUCUGCUGUUGAUCAGUGGAGAGCAGGUGGGCUGGUGUUCAACUAUGAGAACCUUGGUACAACUCAAUAUACAUGUCGUCAGUCUGGGGAAAGGCUUUAUGUGGGAUUGUUACUGAAGCAACUGUAACUGAGUAUUCAGGAGGUCAGGGCACAUUUAAGUCUGGUAAGCAAUAUUUUAAAUCGGACAUUUGAGAUUCCUAAUUGGACAUGUCCGGCGCAUAUGACCGUUUCCGGACCCCUGCAUAUACCAUUCAUUCACUCACUCACUCACUCUACUGCCAGGCAGGCACGAUGAGGCACCAGUAUUCAUUCUUCAAGUCAAUAAUGCUAAGGGAUGAUAUACUACUCAAAAGAAGUUAAAGAUCACCCACUUUAUUCAUAUAUAUUUCCAUGAAACAUUAACUUAAGGAUGAAAGAAUCAAGUGUUCUUUAACUUCUUUUGAGUAGCAUAUUUCAUUUUUGCUCUUGUAUUAACGAUUGACAUUUUUGAAUAACCUUUCCAAAGGAAGUCUGUCAACCCUAGUCAACCGUAUGUACCCGGGGUAUUGCUGUAUAUCUGUUUAACUCUAGUCAUAGGUCAUGGAGUCAUACAAGGUGCUAUAGCCAUUAUGUUGUCAUGUUUCCUGUAUUCACAAACUGCAUUUCUUAGCAAGUAUUGAUUAAAACACUCAUUAAUUUAUUCAUUGUGUUUUUCAAUCUACGUAUGCAGCAUUUGUUAUCAAUCAUAAAGAAAAAAGAAUGUUGUUAUUUUUGUUUUAUUUUUGAAUUCCAGUAUAACACAUGUGCCAAUGUUUAUAUUUUAUGAACAAGUAAUGCUCUUGACCUGUAUAUAGUGCAUUUCCCGACACAUCUUGCCAGUUAUUGUGUCACAGUACGCAGCCAGUGCCACAGAUUUCAGUAUUUCAUAUGUACAGGUGUUUACAUGUCCUUCAUCAAAGACCAUGAACACUGAUACUGACCUAUUUUGAAUUGUCUCAGG